AUGUCCAACGUGUCAACAGCGUCUGGAACUCACUUCGCCCCACCUCACACAGAUGGAUCGAUCAUUGAAGAAGUAGAUGGGGUACAUUCAAGGCCAGAUGAAUUAGACGACCAAGAAGUAUUGCGGCAGUUGCCUGAGAAUGGCAACCUGAGUAGCAGCUUGCAAAGAGACAAGCGAAGAACUCCCAACGACAAGGAGGCCGAGAGGAAGCAUGCGUUGCCCAAAUCCUUUGUAGAUAAAAAUCUGAGUGAUGUGUCGCCAAAUCACUCGUUAGACCAUCUUAUGCUGUCUAUUGAACAUGAUCCUCGCCGAGGUUCUGAUGAGGAAAAUAUGCACCGGCUCUAUAACAAUCUCCAUAGCAGUAACAAUAACAUUCAUUCUAAGCGGAAUUCUAAAAGAGAGGAAGCAAAGAACCUUCAAAGGCGUCCCUCUUCAGUAGCUUACACCCAGCAGCAGUUUAAUGGCUGGAAGAAAGAGUUUGGUCAUGCUUUUAAAAAAAUCUCAGCCAUUGGUAGAUUGAAAUCUAGCGUAAACUCUGCCACACCCGCUGGAAGCGGCCAUCGCCACAACCAGCAUCAGCAUCAACAAGUGAAGGAAGAAGACUUGUACACGCAAAGACUAGCCUCUGAUCUAUUGGAUUCGUUAUUGGCAGGGUGCCCAGCCUCAUUGUUCGCAAGCACACAAUUUCUGAGGGAUGAACAUGGUAAGAGGAGGGCACCUCUGCUAUUAGCUAAGCUGGAUGUAAGAGUGUCCCCUUUGAAAAAUGACAACAACAUUUUGGAUAUCACCAAUAGUAACCAUAAUCAUCACGAUAACAACAACAAUACUAGCAACGAUUCUGAUAGAAGACCUUCUAUUCCAAGGAGAUCCAGCAUUAUAAGCAUUUCAUCCAAUGUGGCAGAAUUCAUGUAUGGUAGGAACGAAAAUUCUUUAUUUAAAAUACACUUAGAAUAUGGGAUUGAUGAAAGCAGGCUCAAAUGGUCUAUUAUAAGAAGCUAUAAAGAUAUCAAGUCACUACAUCACAAACUGAAAAUCGUCGCAUUCCAGCAACUCACUAUAAGCAAGCUCUAUAGUGAUAACAACAGAUAUCAUUCGUUACAACUUCCACAUUUUCCCCAUUAUAAAGAAAUGGUUAAGGAGAGAAAUGUGCUCGAGAGAAAAGCGGAAAAUAAAUCAUCCUCUCCAGCCUCAGCUCCUCAUACAUCGGAAAAUAACGGUAACGAUAGUGCCAGCAACAUUACAUCGUUAGAAACUUUAUCAUCUUCUGAAAUUUCUGAGUUUAAUAUCAAUAACGUAAAGAUGAAACAUUUACAAGACUUGAUUGACGAACCUGAUGAUUUCUCCCAACCGAUCCAUUUGAGAUUAGAAAGAUAUUUGAGACUACUGAAUAUUGCAUUGUGUUUAAGACCUCAUGCAAAUAGAUUGUUUGAAUUUUACGAAUUAUCUCCUUUAGGUAAUUUAUUGAGUCGUGAAAGUGGGUUCCAGGGCAAGCAGGGAUAUUUAGUAAUUAGAUCUACCGCCAAAGCUCAGGGUUGGAGGGUUUCUCAUUUUGGUAAACAUGCGUUUAAAGAUAUGAUUGAUAGACAUACAACCAAAUGGUUUCUGGUAAGAAAUUCUUACCUCACUUAUGUGUCUGAUCUUUCUUCGACAACCCCUCUAGACGUAUUCUUAAUAGAUUGGAAAUUUAAGGUUAGGUUUUCUGGGAACAAGAAUAAUAUACUUGAUAAUGAAAAUGAAAUUAACUGGAUAAUACAUGAUCCAAACUUAGAAAUCAAUGACGAAUUAGAAGAAUUUAAUACUGACAACCACGCCAAUAAUAUCCUAGACAAGAAUGCGAGUUCGAAAGCGCACCAAAAAAAGAAAUCAAAUAUAUCUUCAAAACUAUUGUUGCUGACUUUAGAAAAUAGCGAAAGGAAGCUGAAAAUUAUUUGUAAAUCAGAGAGUUCAUUAAAGCAAUGGAUGGGUUCGAUUAUUAAAAUGUCUACCUCAACACCCUGGUCAAAACCAAACAGAUUUGGUAGUUUUGCACCCGUCAGAACAAAUUCGUUUUGCAAAUUUUUGGUGGAUGGGCGUGAUUAUUUUUGGUCGCUAAGCGAAGCUCUCUUAAUGGCAAAAGAUGUCAUAUAUAUCCAUGAUUGGUGGCUGUCUCCUGAAUUGUACUUGCGACGUCCAGUGAAAGGCAACCAAGGGUUCAGAAUUGAUCGUAUGUUAAAAAGUUGUGCCGAAAAAGGUAUCAAAAUUUUUAUCGUGAUUUAUAGAAACGUGGGGAAUAUUGUUGGGACUGACAGUCUUUGGACUAAACAUUCUAUGUUAAAUUUACAUCCAAAUAUACAUAUUAUAAGGUCUCCUAACCAAUGGCUACAGAAUACAUAUUUUUGGGCACAUCACGAAAAAUUUGUCGUUAUUGAUGAAACAUUUGCAUUCAUUGGUGGUACAGAUUUAUGUUAUGGUAGAUAUGAUACUUUUGAACACGUUUUACGAGAUGAUGCAGAAUCUUUACUAGAUCAGAAUUAUCCUGGUAAGGAUUAUUCAAAUGCUAGAAUUGCCGAUUUCCAUGAUUUGGAUAAACCAUUCGAAUCAAUGUAUGAUAGAAAAGUUAUUCCGAGGAUGCCAUGGCACGAUGUGCAAAUGAUGACUUUGGGUGAGCCAGCCAGAGACUUAGCUCGGCAUUUUGUCCAAAGAUGGAAUUACUUAUUGAGAGCCAAGAGGCCUAGUAGGUUAACUCCAUUACUAACCCCGCCUUCAGAUUUAACUGCCGAGGAACUGAAGAGCCUGCCGAUGUUUGAAAUACUACGUGAAAAAUCGACUUGUGAAACUCAAAUACUUAGAAGUGCUGGGAAUUGGUCACUUGGGUUAAAGGAAACCGAAUGUUCGAUUCAAAAUGCCUACUUGAAGUUGAUUGAACAAAGUGAACACUUUAUUUAUAUUGAAAAUCAAUUUUUCAUUACAUCAACUACCUGGAAUGGUACUUGCGUGUUGAAUAAAAUUGGUGAUGCUCUUGUUGAUAGAAUUGUCAAAGCUAAUCAGGAAAACAAACCCUGGAAAGCCUUCAUUCUUAUCCCGCUAAUGCCAGGUUUUGAUUCUCCAGUAGAUACUGCAGAAGCUUCAAGUCUUCGUUUAAUUAUGCAAUUUCAAUAUCAAUCGAUUUCGAGAGGUGAACACUCUAUCUUUAGUAAACUGAAGAAAUUGAAUAUUGACCCAGCUCAGUAUAUUCAGUUUUUUUCACUGAGAAAAUGGUCAACUUUUGCGCCAAAUGAAAGGUUGAUUACCGAGCAGCUCUACGUUCAUGCUAAAAUUAUGAUUGCUGACGAUAGAAGAUGUAUUAUAGGGUCUGCUAACAUUAACGAAAGAUCACAAUUGGGUAAUAGAGAUAGUGAGGUAGCAAUUGUUAUCAGAGAUACCGACUUGGUAAAGACUAAAAUGAAUGGUGACGAGUACUACGCGGGAAAAUUCCCAUGGGAGUUAAGGCAACGUUUAAUGAGGGAACAUUUGGGUUGUGAUGUAGAUCUUGUUGAGUUUGUUGAAAAGAAAUUCGAAAGAUUUGAAAAGUUAGCUACGAAGAAUUAUAAAACGCUUCAUACCCUAAACAAUGAGGGUGAUAAUGGUAACAAUUGGAAUGAACGGGAAAUGAUAGAUUCCGCUAUGAUUGAGUUAGGUUAUCGUGAAACCUUCGGUUGUAAAUUCAGUUCUCAAUGGCAAAAUAUUUAUGGAAACAGUAUCAAUGAUGAAAGCGCUCAAUGUGGCAUAAACGAAAAGGAAGGAGGAAGAGAAGUUGAAAAUGUGUAUGAAAAACUUUUCAAUUCUGUGGAUCAUGGUAAAUCAUCCCGUAAGAAAACGCCAUUGCCCAAACACGGCUUCGCAUCUUUAGGACUAACAUUCAACCACAGAGCAGGCAUCGAAAAUGUCGGUAUAAGAGACCACAAAGUUUUAAGCACGGAUCCAAGAUUAAGAAAGAAUAGCGAACACAAAAAAGAAGUUGACGGUUAUGGUCCGGAUGGUUGGAAAAAGGAAUCUAAUGAAAAAUUUAAGGCUGACGCAACUGAACAGCUAAAGGAGUGGGCAUUGAAAUCAAUGGCCUCAAAAGUUCUCGACAAUAAAGGUGUGAUAAAAUCCAAAAUGCCACAGGGAUUUUCAAAUUACUUGCCCGAUGAGAAAGAUCUGGAAAUGUAUCUCACGGAUAAAACUGUUACGAACAGAAACAAAUGGAGUAUGCUAAAAAGGAUAUGCUACUUGCAAUAUUUGUCUCAUAAACUUGACGAAAGAAAGGUACAGAGAUUGAAGAAAAUCAAAGAUAUGAGAAGACAUUUAAGUUCAAGCACGGAGAGUACCAAAAAUGGGUCUAAUAGUCUACCAUUGAACGAAAAGAACAAUGAAGGAGAAAGCACUAAUGUUGAACAGGAUAGCGAAGGCGACGAAUAUCAUAGACUACAUGAAGAUAUUUUGAAAAACCAAGAAUUAGAUGAUAGUUCACUGGACGAUCUACUUUCUCAGAUAAUUCCCAAGAUUACUAACUUCAACAGUGGUGAAAUUGAUGACGCGAAAAAGGAAGAGUUAUUGAAACUGAACUUCAUUGAUCCAUAUUCCUUUGAGGACCCUCUUAUUUCUUCGUUUUCCGAAGGGUUAUGGUUUACUAUUGCGCUAAGAAAUACACUACUCUACAAGUUAGUAUUUCAUUGUCAACCCGAUAAUGCUGUACAGAAUUGGAAAGAAUAUGGAGAAUUUACUGAAUUAGAACAAGAAUUUCAAAUAAACCAGGAGAAGCUGAUUGACUUAGAAGCAGAAAAUAUUAUUCAUACAACUACAAAUGUUGUAGAUAAGGAGAGGGAAAAAGAAAAAAUGAGAAAAGCCGCUGAAUUGAGAAUGAAGUUAUCCGGCAGUUUGCUGUACGGAUUUAACCAAAAGGUUUUUGAUAAACAUACGGCGCAGAGAAUUUUGGAAAGGAUCCACGGUCAUUUGGUCAUUUUCCCAACCGAAUGGUUAGCUAAAGAAGUUGAGAGUAGAAAUUGGAUUUUUAACUCGGAUAGACUCUCACCAAUGGAAAUCUACAAUUAA